ACCCCCGACACUGGACGAGCUGGGAUAUACAAAUCCUUGACCUGCAACACCUCCAAGGAGAUGACAGCCUUCAGCGACUACCCCGUCCCUGACCAUUUUCCCAACUACAUGCACAAUUCCAAAAUGAUGGAGUAUCUCAGGAUGUACGCCAGGCACUUUGGUCUCAUGCAACACAUCGAGUUCCUGGCGAAGGUGUGCAGUGUGAGGAAGCGCCCUGAUUUUUCAUCCUCUGGCCAGUGGGAUGUUGUGGUAGAAGCUGAUGGGAAGCAGCAAUCCUACAUCUUCGACGGGGUCAUGAUCUGCAGCGGCCAUUACACUGAGAAGCAUUUGCCCUUACAGGAGUUUGCAGGCAUCCAGAAGUUCCGAGGCAGGUACCUGCACAGCUGGGAGUACAAGCAGCCGGACACUUUUGCCGGGAAGAGAGUGGUUGUGAUUGGCAUCGGGAACUCUGGAGCAGAUGUGGCUGGCGAGAUCAGUCGUGUUGCUGAGCAGGUUUUCCUCAGCACGAGACGAGGCGCGUGGAUUUGGAACCGGGUGUGGGAUGACGGCAACCCCAUGGACACUGCCCUCUUCACCCGGUACAAUAGGGCACUCCAAAAACUACUGCCCUCGUUCCUCAUCAACAGGUGGGCAGAGAAGAAACUGAACGCAAGGUUCAACCACGCCAACUACGGGCUGCAGGCUGCACACAGAUUUCUCAGCCAUCAGUCUACCUUCAGUGACGACCUGCCAAAUCGCAUAAUCACUGGAAAAGUGCGGAUGAAACCAAACGUAAAGGAGUUCACCGAGACGUCCGCCAUCUUUGAGGAUGGCACUGAAGAGAAGGUUGACACUGUCCUCUUUGCCACAGGAUACACCUUCUCUUUCCCUUUCUUGGAGGAUGACUUAGCAAUCCUGGACAGCCAGCAUUCCAUGUAUAAGUUUGUCUUCCCUCCUCAGCUGGAGAAGCCAACACUGGCUUUCAUCGGCCUCCUGCAGCCCGUGGGGGCCCUCAUCCCCACAGCAGAACUCCAGAGCCGAUGGGCUGUGCGCGUGUUCCAAG